AUGAGCAUUCCCACGCCCUACCUUGUCCUUGCCGGACCCUCAUCACCUAUACUCCACAUCGAAACCAGUAUUCCCCCAUCACCCACCUCAGUACCUGUACCUCCCAAACGCCUUCGCUCAUGCCUCUCCCCCUCGCGCCGCCGACCCUCGCCCGGUCCUUUCGGUACCUCCAUGUCGAUCAUCUCCAACGCGUCCACGGAUGAGCCGAGCCUCACCUGCUCCUCAUCGCCUAUGACCAGUCGGUCAGCGAGCUUUUCAUCUCAGGAUGGAGGGGAUUAUUGGCGGCGGGGAAGGAACGUGCGCUGGGACGAGAGCGAGGGGUGUGUCUUGGCUGCAUACUACUCUACCUGGUCCGCAGAUGACUAUGACCGUUCCCCCCUCGAACCUCCCAAGCCAGAAGAGCGCGCGUGCCUCAUGCCCGCGCGUGGAUCUCGGUGCCUAUCCCCCCUCGAUUGCUUCGCCGAUCUCAACCCUGACGAGGCCUUCUUCCCUCGUCAAUCCUACCCUAUCGUCGCCGAACCCCUACCCAUCGUUACCCUUGAGGCCGCCCCGGCUCUCACUCCAGACAGGGAGGAAACCGACUGUCAAGAAGCAGACGCGGAAGACAAGGAGUGGGAAGAGUGUAUGGAGCGGCGGCGAAUGAUGUUUGCGCAAAUGUGCCGUCCUAGCGCACCUGCACAUGAGGAGGAAGAGGAGAAGGAGGAGCAAAGACGGUUCGAGGGAUAUACCAGUAUCUCGGCCAGCCUGGUCGCUUUGCUCGCUCAAUCGGGGAUUCGAGCCGAGGCGCAACAUCGGGACGUCGCUACGCCCGUCGGAACGCCCGUCGAGGUGGAAGAGGCGUAUGGCGCUUUUGGAAUUGGGGGUCGGCCAAAGAUGGUCAGGGUGGAACACCGGUUGAGGGUCUCGUCGUUGGUGGAGGAUGAGGUGGUCGAGGAGGCUGAGGAAGAUGCCGAAGAUGUCGAAGAGGACGAAGAAGAGGAGGAAGGUGGGGAGGAGCCAUCAGCGGAGAUGGUGUUUGCUGCGCUGAGGGCUAUGCGCAUGGGGCCGGGUAGGGAUAUGAGGACUGGGGCAGAGGAGAGAGAUAGAGUCGACUAG